GAACUGGUCAAGAAAGCAAAGCAGAGUCUAGAAUUUUUAUUGUCCAAGACAUUUCCAUUUCAGCCUGUCAGCUAGAAAUAAAGACUAGUACAACAAGACGGUAAGCAAAUAAAUUGCCAUUUGCACGGGGAGUUUUCUAUCCCUUCAUCUCCUCUUCACUCCAUUAUUCCGUUUUGAAGCUUCCGUGUAUGGUUCUAUUGUAAAGAUGAAGUUUCUUUGCCUCCAUGGAGCCGGUACCAACUCGCAUGUCCUCGAGAUACAAUUCGGCCCAAUUCGCGAAGCUCUGAGCUCUAAUGGCCAAUUCGAAUUCUACGAUGCAUUCUGUGAAGUAGAGCCGGUUGAAGAGAUUAGAAACAUCUUUGCCGGGCCCUUUUUUACCUGGUAUUCUCCAGGGCUUGGAGGACAUACACUUGAGGAAGCAAAGGCAGAGUUACUUGACAUAAUCGAAACCGAGGGACCUUUUGAUGCAUGUCUGGGAUUUUCUCAAGGCGCAGCUCUGCUAGCGGCAGUCAUGAUAGAUCAUCAGAAAAACAAUCCUUUCGGCCCUAACCUUUUCAAAUUAGCCGUCUUCAUCUGCGGUGGCGCCCCACUCCUCGUCACAAAGUCACUCCAAGAGCCAGAUUUUCUAUACAGUCCUCCCGUGGCCAGUAUGGCUGCGUUGACGGAACCGUGGAUGGGUCCAUAUGUUCCCGGUCAUGAACCUCAUCCCGACGAGUCUUGGAAUAUUUUCCUGGCUGAAAAGGUCCGCGAGGCAGGUUUGACCAUUCGCAUUCCAACUGCUCAUAUUUACGGCUCCAAGGACAACACGCUUAAAGAAAGUUUGAGGUUGCGAGACAUUUGUGACCCGAGAAGAAGAGUGGAAUUCGAUCAUGGACGCGGACAUGAAGUGCCACGAGCACCUCAUUUAGUCCAGCAAAUGGCCGCAACCAUAAGAAGGGCGAUAGACAAUGCACUCACUGCGCAUUGA